UUAUAUAUAUAUUUCCUGGCACCACAAUGUGCCGAGUGUACAGUGAGCUGUCGAGGAGCCACCAGCCUGUGUAGAGAGAGACUCCGUCAGAGCAGGAAGACACGAAGUAUUCCGUGCCAGAGCUGAUCACAUCAAGGACUCCCAAAAGCACCACAGCUGAUCCGGCCGGGAUUCACCAGCCCACACAGUUAGGAUGGGGUGUACAACGGGCCAUUUUACUUGUCAGCCGCAACCCCAGGCAAACUCUGGGCAGGAGAAUCAGUCCCUUGAGGCUGAUGGAGCCAAAGUUCCUGAAGUGCUCUCCUCUCUGGAGCGUUUGUCCCAAGCUACUGGGGGCAUGGAGAAGUCCUGGUACCGCUGCAUCUUUCCCUUUGGGAUCAUCUCUUUAGUAAUCGGGGUUGCAGGAACGGGGGUGACCUACACUUACGAUGACCUGCCACAGAUUAAAGUUGUGGCGGUGGUGUUACUCAUCACGGGCCUCGUACUGUUGAUGACGGCAACUGCUUGUUGGUCUCUCCACAAGAAGAAGAGGAGGAAAAAGAAGGAGAGAGAGUCGCUGACAUCGGAGCAGUGUCCCCUGUGAAGCCCGUGGAGGAAAAAAGUUAUGAGAAUAUAAAGCAGAGACAACGCUCAGUGUUCAAGUGGGCUAAAGGUCUGGCUAAAGAGACUCCUCCUUCCAGAGCCAAAUCCCGUUUUUAUUUAUCACCGUUUGGCUGAGUGGAACUUGAGAGGCCAGAAUGUUGAAGAUCUGUUGAGUUUUGAAUGAGCGAAGAUGGAUCACAGCGUCUCACAUGAUCUUUAAUCAUCAUCAGCAGGUGUCCCAUGUCAAAACAACCACGGAGGACACACACACUCAAAUAUACACUGCAGGCAUAAUAACAUGCACCGAGAGGUUCUCGGCGUUGUAUGUGCGGACACCUAACACGCUAUGCAGGACUGCCGGAGUCCGUGCUGCCGUCAUUGGGCACGUCAGUCACAGAAUUCCUCUUCCCAGGACAGGUGACUCUCCGAGCGGCCAGCAGUGGGCCAAAGUCUGAUACCUGACACCCAGACGAAAGAGCAGUGCACCCGCGUCAGCGACCAACGUCAUUCACUCGUCCUGUGACACUGCAGCAAUGUGUUGGGGGCUUUUUUUACACAGUGGAAGACUGGAACUUGAGUCCACCCGGAUCUUACUGGCAUCUGCAUGGGUGAUGAACCCGAGAGGGCAGGAGACCUGCUGGGAAGAGCAAGUGAAAUUUCUGGACUUAAAUACAGAGGAACUAAAGAUUUGCACACAUGUCCAAGAAGUUGAAGUCCAGUGAGCAAAGAGAAGUCUCGUAGCUUCAGCUGUACGUCAGACGCAGAGGGCACAGACUGAUUGAUUGCCUUCCUGUCAGUGUGUGAGCAUUUACACUCAGACCUGUCUAUGGAGAUGGUGGUGGGGGGGGGGGGGGGUUGAAGGACACUGCAUGAUGGAACAUGCCGCUGCAGGGGCACUCUGAGGGAUCCUACUCCUUUGUGGCCCCUCCCGUUUGGUGCCUUGAGCAAGCACCCAUGGAAAAACGCUCCAUCACAUUCCCCUCUUUCCAUCUCAACUUCUGAGAAUUCACCACCCGGCUGUUUCUCCUUUGACCCGAUGGGGCUUUCUGCACCUAUCACAUCCUGUUCAUCCUUAGCGUAUGAACCAAUCGCAAUCAUUUGCUUAUUUUGGUAUAGCUCAGGAGGGGUGUUUAAAGCCUUUUGAUGCACAUUUCAGGCACACGUUCAAAUCUCAUCAAGCCCAUUUGAAUAGUCUUUGCCCUUUUUUACCAAAGAAAUGUAAUCAUGUGCUCUCCCACCGAGGAAGGAUUAGUAAAAGUGAAAUCCCCGUGUCAUCCUGGGGUCAGUGCUGUUUUCUGGUUAGCACUGACUCUUUGGGACUGGGGUUUCCUUUUCCCACAUGUUUUCUUUUAAAGAGUGAAUGUAGCUGCACUUACUGAUGUGAACAGAGGUGUUCUGUCAGAGUGCAAUAUACAGUAGGGGACGGCAUUUUGUUUGUGUCUUAAACUCUUUUUAUGACUGAAUGUAAUAAGUAGAAAAGCAAAAGAUGAAUUGCAGAAGGAACAAAUUCAAUGUACAGACAGUGAACUGGAGUUUUGCUGCUCGUCUCCAUGUGAAUGACUCGACCAACACUGCUGGAUCCUUAAGAGCUCCUAUUGAUCCAAGUUAGAAUGAAGUGAUGCUUGCCGAGGAAAUUGCGUCUAUACAUGCAAGGGUAGAAGUCAGAACCAAAGACCAUCUCAGAGGUACAGCUAGCAAACCUGAUCCUGCCUGUUUGCAGCAUCAGUCUGGAUCAGUCAUUUCUCAGUUAUUCAGUCACUGCACAUGUGGAGCUUUGCACAACAGUUGUCAGCUUGACCAACUUCUACAAGAGCAGUAGAGCGAAAACAAGCUAGUCAUAACGGUUGCUUCAUCUCAGAGGUCAUUCUUGUGAGAUUCACAUGGAAGCAGGGACUGACCCCUGCAGUUAUCAGGAUCCGUCCAGCUUAGAACAACUUGAGUAUUUAACAGGAAAAACGUUACAGUGCUGGAGGGAACCGUUAAAAUUACAGCUGCACUGGAGCAGAGUUGGUCUUUUAGAAGACUUAUUCCCAAAGAAGUGAGAGCUAACAUAGAGAACACAUGCUCACGUUAAGCUGUGUUACACACACGCACACACACACACACACACACACACAUAUAUAUACAUAUAUGGAGAGAGAGGGAGGGAGAGAGAACAGUGGUUUCCUCUGAACACCAAGACAAGAGAAAAGCACUCAAAUUAAAUUUCAACUGAACAGGCUGUCUGCCAUCACAGCUGUCUUUGGUGAAGGUUCGGAAUGGCAAACAGAGUUUUUCAACUCCGGCUUACAUUAUAGAAAUAACUGAGGCAUUAAUGUUUCCAUGUAUAAUACAUUUUUAAGGCAUGAACAUUUCUAGCAAAGAAACAAAUGAAGUGAGGUACAUGGUUAUUUUCACCUUGGCUUGUGCACCAGUGCAGUUUUCACUGUGUUUUAUGGCUAUGCUUACUGACGAUCCAGAUUUAUUGUGCCAGUAUGAAUCGACAGUGACAGAAUAUUUGUUAGAGAUGUGAAUUUAUUUCCCUUCUGAAGUUCCAAAGGGAAAGCCUACCUCUCCCUGCUGCAGGGAUUAAUGUCCCUCCAUUGUAAGACACACACGCUGUCUGCCUUUGUUAUUUGGUGCUGUAUAUAAACACUUUUUAUUUUUAUUGUAUAUUUCUAUGUGUAAAUGUACAUUUUAACACUUUGCAUAUGUAAGGCAUUAAAUAAAUGUUGGUUUGUGUUUUGAGGAAA